AUGGAUAGAACUUGGAUUGAAAAACCUCGAACAACAAAAGAAUACCAAGACGGCAUAAAUGGAUUCCUUGAUUUUGCUUUUGCGAGAGCGGCCAUUUCGGAUAGAAUAUGUUGUCCAUGUCCACGGUGUGCGUUUGGAAAAUGGCAUAAAAGGGACACAGUUCAGGAUCACUUGCUCUUAAAGCCAUUUCCCAAGAACUAUCUUGUUUGGAAUCGUCAUGGUGAGAUACAACCUGCUGAGCCAAGUAGUAUAGAAGUGCAAGCGACACCAUAUCAAGAGAAUCCAUUAAACACAUUAAUCAAUGAUGUAUUCGGCCACCAUGGGGAUGAAGGUAUAACGGGAGUGAAUGAUGCAGUUAUAGACAAUGGAGGUGAAGACAUCGCAGAUGAAAGAUUACAUGAAGCCUCUUUUGAUGAUGGCAGCGAGUUCAAUGAAUUUGUAAGAGACGGAAAUGAAAAGUUGCAUGAGGGCAGUAAAUGCACAAAGUUGGAGUUUAUAAUCAAAUUGUAUCACAUAAAGGUUUUGUGUAGAAUAAGUGAUAAGGCCAUGACUAUGAUAUUGAAUUUGUUGAGAGAUACAUUUGAUGGAAUACAGUUGCCUUCUAGUUUUUAUUUGGCCAAGCAAGUAAUUUGCAAACUUGGCCUGGAAUAUACUAAGAUAGAUGCUUGCCCAAACGAUUGUAUGUUAUAUCUAGAUGACAAUCCAGAUAACGUACAAGACACAUGCAAGUAUUGCGGUAUAUCUAGAUGGAGCCCUAAGAAAAAAAAGAAAAAGCAAGCUGCAAAAGUUUUGCGAUACUUUCCAUUGAAGCCAAGGUUGAAAAGAUUAUAUAUGUGUAGCAAGACGGCUGAGCACAUGCAAUGGCAUAAUUCUGCAUCUGCAAGAGAUGGAUUACUGAGACAUCCAAGGGACGGCCAAGCGUGGAAGGAUUUUAAUGCGACACACACUUUGUUUGCCGAAGAGCCACGAAAUGUUCGCUUAGGUCUUGCAACUGAUGGUUUUAAUCCCUUUGGAGCCUUGAGUUCUACCAAUAGCGUUUGGCCUGUGUUCCUGAUUCCAUACAAUCUUCUGCCUUGGAUGUGUAUGAAUCACACUUCUUUCAUCUUAUCAAUGAUUAUUCCAGAAAAAAAGUCUCCAGGAAAUAAGAUAGAUGUGUACUUGCAGCCCCUUAUAGAUGAAUUGAAAGAUUUAUGGAACGAUGGUGUGGAGACCUUUGACUCAUCAUCUGGAAACACAUUUAGAAUGCAUGCAGCUCUUAUGUGGACAAUAAGUGAUUUUCCUGGGUUAGGUAUGCUAUCUGGUUGGAACACACACACUGGUUUCGCUUGUCCCACUUGUAACUUUGAUUUUUAUCCUUGUUAUCUCCGUCAUAGUUCUAAAUGGUGCUUCAUGGGUCAUAGACGUUUUUUGGGAAGAAAUCAUAGAUUUAGACUGAAUCGUGUUCGUUUUGACGGAAGCACAGAGGAGCGUGGUCCACCUAAGAAGUUAUCAGGUGUUGACAUUCUUGAACAACAACUGGAUGUUGAAACACGAGAUCAGCAACGAGAAGAAUCUCAUAGUAGUGGGAAGAGACCUCGACGAGAAGUCAAGCAGUGGAACAAGCGAAGCAUUUUCUUUGAUCUUCCGUACUGGAAAACCAAUUUGUUGCGUCAUAAUUUGGACUUUAUGCACAUUGAGAAGAAUGUGUGUGAUAACAUUUUGUAUACUUUGCUUAAUGAUAAAGCAAAAUCAAAGGAUAAUCUCAAGGCACGGAAAGAUUUGAAAGAAAUGGGCAUAAGGCGAGAUCUCUGGCCAAGUGACAAUGGAUCAUAUCAUUUAUCUUUAUUUUCACUAACACGUGAUACCAAGAAGCUAUUUCUUUCAGCUUUGAAGAAUGUUGUGCUACCAGAUGGAUACUCAAGUAACAUUUCGAGAUGUGUUGAUGAAGGACAGAAAAAAAUUUUUGGAUUGAAAAGUCAUGACUGCCAUAUUCUUUUAGAGGAAUUAUUACCAAUAGCAAUUCGUCAUUUACUGUCAGAUCAUGUUACCGCGGUAUUGGUUGAGUUUGGCUCAUUCUUUAAGAUCCUUUGUGGGAAAAGUUUAAGUACUUCUGAACUUGACAAGCUCCAACAACGCAUAGUGAUCAUCCUUUGCCAAUUGGAAAUGUUAUUUCCUCCAUCAUUUUUUACCGUUAUGGUUCACUUGGCAGUCCAUCUAGUAGAGGAAGCAAAGCUCAGAGGUCCAGUGCAUUAUCGAUAUAUGUAUCCUAUUGAGAGGGAGUUAGGUCAUCUAAAAUCCCAUGUACGGAAUAGAGCACAAGCAGAAGCGUCUAUAGCCGAAGGAUAUCUAGCUGAGGAAUGUCUCACUUUUUGUUCUCGCUAUUUUGAGGAUAUAGAGACAAGGUUCAAUAGACCUAGACGUGUAUGUGAUGACCCACUUGACAGGGGAUGCUCAGAAUCUUGCCUCUUUCCGACGGUGGGUAAAGCAGGGAGUUCUGGUACAUUUUUUACUUUAAGUGAAAAGCAAAAGCUACAAGCCCAUAGAUAUGUGUUACUGAAUUGUCAAGCCGUCAAGGAUUAUGUGAAUGAAUUCAGGGAAUACAUAAUAAGAAGCUCAAAGGGAAGGAGAGCGAACUCCACAGACAUAGAGAAGAGAGUGUUUAAGGAUUUUGUUUCGUGGUUUGAAAAACGAAUAAUGAACCCGGAUACCAUAGAACAGCUAUCUACUGACAUAAAAUUUUUAGCACGAGGCCCCUUAUCAAAUGCAACGAGAUAUAGUGCUUAUAAAAUUAAUGGUUGCACAUUUCGAACUGUUGAUCGUGAAGAAGGUUUGAGGACACAGAAUAGUGGAGUAUAUUUAACAUCUACCACACCAUGUGUUGCAAGUCGAGUUGACAGAAAUUUAAGACAAGGUGAUGUACCCUAUUAUGGGAAGUUGGUGUAG